AUGAUUGAUACUGUAUUAUUAGAACUGAAUGAUCGAUUUUCUGUUAAUAAUAUAGCAAUUUUAAUUGGUAUAUCAGUACUUUGUGCAGAUGAUGAUAAUUUUUUACAAAUUGAUAGAUUAAAACCAUUUGCAUUGCACAUGAAAACUGACUUUUGUUCAUUAUCUAAUGAAAUUGAAGCGAAUUUUUAUUAUCAUUUAUUGCCGUUGCAACGGGCAUUUCCUGUGAUCAUGUCACUUAUCAUUGCUGCUAUGAAUAUUCCAGUUUCAUCUACUACGUGUGAGAGGACAUUCAGCAAAAUGAAAUUGAUAAAAACAACCGCGCGUAACACAAUGUCAGAUAAUCGGGUAAGUGACCUAUGUGUUUUAGCAGAGGAACGCGACUUUGUCAUUGGUUUUAAGAAACUCAUGGAUGAUUUCGCUGAUUUCCAUAAGAAUAGUGAAAUUUUGUUAAACUGA